CCGGGUUGUACACCACUCCCAAUCGUGUGAAGAAUUCUCACGCAGAACAGUGUAAGAUUAUAAAACAUGGCAGAUAUCAGCAACCUCGUUUCCCAGCUCACGACGCUGAGUUCCAGCAUCCAGGCAGAGUCGGCCAAGGCGUCGGGCAAGAUCGACGGAGCCGCAGCCCAAAAACUUAAUAACGUCAUCCAGUUAUUGCAGAGUGUUGCCAGAGGGGGCAGCGGAGAAACUCCAGCUUUUGUGAGUGCCUUUGAUGAGUUCGUCUCUGAACAUGUCGGCAAGUACCUCACUCUGUCCAAUGCUAUCGGUGGUGAUGUCGCUAGUCAUGCCGCACUUGUGAAGGAUUGUUACGCUGCGAUGCGAGACAUCUUAGUGAAAGCUGCAGGAAUGAAGAGACCUGGUCCGAAGGAGAUCACAGGCUUCUUUACGCCUCUAAACGUGAAGGUUGAGGCGGUCAUAGAGUUUGCUGACAAGAGGAGAGCAGACAAGAACUUCAUCAAUCAUUUCAUGACAGUGAAGGAGGGUAUCGGCUGCAUCGGUUGGGUCACAGUGGAGCCCAAACCAGGGAAAUACGUGAAGGAGAUGUACGAUCAGGGACUAUUCUACGGCAACCGUGUCAUCAAGGACUACAAGGGAAAAGAUGACAAGCAAGUGGAAUGGAUGAGAGCUUUUAUGUUGACCAUCAAGAAGCUGGAAGAGUACAUCACAGACAACUGCCUGACGGGCAUCCUCUGGAAUGUCGAAGGAGGUGCUGGAGCUGCAUCAGUUGCCCAAACCAGUACUGGUGAUAGCUCGGAAGCAUUGGCAGCCUUUGAUGCCUUCGUGUCCGGUGAGCUCAGCAAAUACUUGAACCUCUCUAAGGAACUGGGCGGUCAAGUCGCUGAACAUGCUAAACUGGUUGAGGAAGCUUAUGCAGUGGAGCGUAAAAUCUUGGAAGAGGCUGUGGUCAGCAAACAACCCGCACCGGAUUUAUUAGCUAAGGUUUGCAAGCCGUUGUCGGAGAAGGUCGACGCUGUCAUCCAGUAUUGCGAGAAGAACAGAGCGAGUAAAGUCUUCAAUCACCUCAUGACGGUCAAGGAGGGUAUUGGAUGUGUCGGAUGGGUCUCAGUGGCACCGAAGCCUUGUAACUACCUGAAGGAAUGCUAUGAUCAGAGUCUGUUCUAUGGAAACCGUGUGCUGAAGGAUUUCAAGGGAAAGGAUGACAAACAGGUUGAGUGGAUGAGAGCCUACACAAAUUCCAUCAACAAAUUGAAGGACUUCGUAGCUGCCUAUCACCUUACAGGCCUCACCUGGAACCCACAGGGCAAGGUUGCUACAGCGGCCCAAGGAGCUGGAGCCCCGCCACCCCCACCCCCAGGUGGAGCCCCUCCUCCCCCUCCACCACCCCCUGCAGUGGAAGCACCAGCUGCAUCAGCUGGUGGCAGCGGCGGUGGUAAGACAGCUGCUGCAGCACUCUUUGCUGAGAUCAACCAAGGCGCUGAUAUUACUUCAGGUUUGAAGAAGGUGACAAAGGACAUGCAGACUCACAAGAACCCUGCGCUUCGCCAGGCGGCUAAGCCGUUCAGCAGCUCAGAGAAACCCGCAGUCAAAUCAGUCUCCGCCCCAAAAGCUGCUGUCAAAGCAGUGGUUAAGCCGCCAAGAAUGGAGUUGGUCGGCUUCAAGAAAUGGGAAGUGGAGUUCUACAAAAAUGACAAGGACAUCGUGAUUGACGGUGACAUGAAACAUACGGUGUACAUUUACAAGUGUGACAACUGCACAAUCCGUGUCAACAACAAAGUCAACUCUAUUACAAUGGAUAGCUGCAAGAAGACAGCUUUGGUGUUUGAACAAUGUCUGGGGUCCGUUGACACCAUCAACUGCCAGAGCGUACAGAUGCAGGUGACGAACAAGGUACCGAUUGUUAGCAUUGAUAAGACCGAUGGAGCUAUGCUGUAUCUCAGCGAGAACUCAUUGGAGACGCUCAUCGUGACGGCCAAGUCAUCAGAAAUGAACAUCCUCGUACCCAGAGCAGACGGAGAAUUUAACGAGUUCCCUCUACCAGAGCAGUUCAAGAGCUCGUAUGACGGCAAGAGGUUUGUCACAGAGUGCAGUGAAUCUCUGGGCUAGAUCCACAAAUCCCCCUAUUUUUACCCUCAUUUUGGUUUACCAAGACUCCAACCAUUUAUCGUCGGAGUGACAUUACGACAAUCGGCUUUCGAUCGGCGAAACUAGGGAGGUAUAAACUUUAAAGGAGUGUGGGCUAGCUACUGCUCACGCUUGAUUGGGCGGGACACACAAACGGAUGUCGUGAAUAUGCAAUGGAUGUAAGGUCAGUUUGUACUUGCUGCGGAUUUAUGCAGUUGCACUUAGGUGACGCUAACAAAUGUUGUACAAAUCUGGCACUCACAAAAUAUCCUCAUUCGCACGAGUCCGUUUUACAAUCGGACUUUAUCAUGGCAUUUAACGGCUACAGAUUGGCACUGGUGGCACUGUUAUUCGCUGAUUAUUUUCACGACUGGUAUGUAGCACCUUGUAAAGUUGUAGCACCUUGAAAAGUUUUACAAGGUGCUGUGACGCAAUUUGCAGCAACCAAACCAGCGGCGAACUUUUUCUCUUAAUAACGAUAAGUGCACUGGGCUAUUUUACGUGCAUUCACAAAACACACAGGACCUUUGGCUUUACGUACCAUCGGAAAGAUGAAGCAUUAAUGGGUAAGUGUCUUGCUCAAAGGCCACAAGUGUCAAGAUCGGGGACUCGAACCACACUCUGCUAAUCAGAAAACACCUUGGCCCAAAUUCAGAAAGCCUGUAAGCACUAAAAUCUGCCCAGCACAGGAAACUCUUACUUAGCGAACACAUGUUACAAGUUUACAUUGGUGCGACUGAUGCCCUUCUCACGGUUUGCUUAUCAAAUAAAUGUGGUAAGCAGUAUUUUCUGCUAAACAGCUUUAUGAAAUUGGCCCCAGAUGGCUCGGACCUGACACAUAUAAAUCCCCACUUUCAACGUAUUGAAAUCGCAUCAAGUACAGACUGGCCAUUACACAGUGUUUAUAAAUAUAAAGGUUAACGCUUGAAAUUGCAUGAUGUGCAUUAGCUGAAAACAUUAUAUCUUCCUUCGGGUUUAGAUUACUGAAAAGAGAUGAGUUUUAGUUCAAUUUAACAAUUUCAAAAUGAAUUUUAUAGUAGAAAAAAUAUUAUGAAAAAAACGAUUUCUUUAUUAACAUUUAUAUUACAUACUGAAGGAUGCAAAUUUUUAGGGAUACUGUUGAUAUUUCCUCAAACUGUGGAAUAAACUCCCAAUAUCUCUUCGUAAUCAACAAUCUGUCAACAAUCUGUUCAAAACUCACCUGUUCUGUUAACAAUUUCUCUGUCAAGUGCAUUUGAACAUGUAUAUGGAAAAUGCGCUAUAUAAAAACAUUAUUAAUAUUAUUAAACAAAAUUCGAACUUAUCCAUGUUCUUAAAUAACUUGAUUGAAAACAAACUGUUUGCACUCGGUCCUUUGUGCCUUCGUAAUGUCAUUUAAAAAUAUUUUGUGCAUGGUUUUGAAAAGCAUUAAAACCCUAGGCAUCUGGAGACAGAGUUUAUUUAGUCGCCGAGUUUUAGUAGGCCGAGGGUAAAUUUUAUUUUAAAAAUAACCAUAAUAAGUUGCCAUUUAUAGAGCGCCUUUGCCAUAGGAUACAAUGCGCUUUUACGUCACCAACACAGAUUAAAUCAAAGUGAAGUUUGUGAAAGUGUCUGAAAAAUACCCACACCUAGUCAUGUUUAAACAGUAUGCACUGAAACGAAACAUGCGCUGCAGUUGACUGGUCCUUACCAUUUUUGAAGCAAGGACUCACGAAGAGGCUCCUUGCGUAUGUGCCCCGUAUUCAUGUAUGGGUUGAUAUGACUGGCUGCCUCAGGCGCCCUCGCAUGCCUGCUUCUCGAACACGUUGCAGUCACGUCCUUCGCAGUUCAGAUGCAAGUAUGGACGAUUAGCCUCCCUAAUCAUUGUUAUUACUACUAAUUUACAUGUAUAAGAAAUUGUCUUAAACAAAUGGUCAGUAAAGGUUUGCUUGUUGAGGAAUGGCUAAAUACUUAAGGCUUUGCGUCGUACCAACAUCUGAUAAAGAACUAUAGUAUAGACAAUGUGACCUACAUGUAUGUUUACAUUCAAACCGCCCUAUGUUGAAAAAAAACACUGUAUACGUCAUGUUUCGCCGGGCAAAAUGACGCGUAUUCAUGGUAAGAUUGCAUACACUUUCUAGCUGGCUGCCAAACACAGGUUUUUCCCGGCGGUCUGCGCGCGAAUCAUGUUAUGGUUUUUGUGUGACAUCAGAGAUCACAUCGUCUAUACACUAACGUAUGUAUGUAUUGAUGAAUUCAUCAGCUCAGAACUAGACAGUCAUUACAUUGUAUGGAUUUCAUAAAAUUGCUUUUGCCUAAUUUGGAGCUCCUGGUUAAUGGAAGGAAUAGAUCAAAGUAAUUGUUUGGCAAACAGAAACAUCUUCCUUUUUUUCAUAAACAUUUUAAUGUGUGGAUUUUGUUUUUCUUCUUUAAACUUCUAUGCAUUUUUCAUGUGAGGCCCUUUUGAGCAUUACUGAGUACUACUGAAUACAAGUGGUGGGAAGCGUGUUAGUCAGGUAAUUGCAAAGCGGAAAAUAAUUUGUAGCACUUUAAUGACUAACUUGAAUCAAAUAAAUAUCCGCAUGAGCUUUCGUAGAAGCAAUUACAUGUACUUGCAUCUGAUGAGGUAGUUGGAGCUACAAAUGAGAGCUCAUGGUUUAAAAUGUGCAAAUCGUUUUUUGGAAUUUCACUGAAUGUUUUUGUAUAGUUAACAAGUUUACACUGGAAGGGUCUAAAAUCCAUUGACAUUUUCAACAUUUUAAUGUGAGGUUUUGAGACUUGUAAUUUUGUCCCUAUUUACAACAUCUCUAUUCUAUUGGAAAAUUACUCCAUUAUAGAACCAAAUUCAACCUUGAAGACCCCUCUUUUGCUUUGAAAGGGUAUACAAUUCAGUAAACCUAUUUUGGUACCAUUCAAACAAGAAGUUGGGGAUUUUAUGAUUUUCUCCCUAUUUUCAUAUGGAUUCUAUAUAAUGUGGGGUAUUUUUUUUUCAAUGUAAAAACUUGUGAGUCACCAGCAGUAUCGAUCAUUUAUGCUUUAACCAAAGCUGAUUAAUUUUGUAAAAGCAAUAUUUAAAUCUACCUUUACACAUAGUUUUGUUGGCUAUCAGUUGGUAAUGCAGAUGCAUUGUUAUCUCGAUUUCGAUAAAAAUGAUAUUCUUUUAGAUAUUAAAUAAUAAAAAAAGUACACAAGUUACACAACAAAAUUGAA